AUGACUUUGAUUAAAUAUAAAACUAGAAAGAAAUCGAAUUAAAUGCUUCUACAAUCUCAAAUGAAGAAAUUAAACUAAUAACAGAUACUUUAAUUAAUUGCCGCAAUUUAAGUCGUUUAUCUAUCUAAACUAUAUAUACUUAUAUUAAAAAAAUUAAUGAAAGUGGAGCUCUUGAGAUUGCUAAUCUUUUAAUUAAAUAAAAAAAU